ACAGCACAACAUUAUUCCGAUCUUGUCAGACAUUCUGAGUGAUACAGUGAAAGAAAAAGUCUCCAGAAUUAUUCUAGCAACAUUCAGGAAUUUGUUAGAGAAACCAGAAGAAAGGGAGCUAGUGCAAGAGAAUGCAUUGUCUAUGGUACAAUGUAAAGUUCUCAAGCAGCUGGAACUGUUGGAGGCAAGAAAGUUUGAUGACCCAGACAUCGUAGAAGAUUUACAAUACUUACAGGAGAAACUCCAGGAAUCUGUACAAGAUCUCAGUUCUUUUGAUGAAUAUGUGACAGAGAUCAAGUCUGGCAGGUUGGAAUGGAGUCCUGUACAUAAAAGCGACAGAUUCUGGAGAGAAAAUGCAAUACGACUUAAUGAGAAGAAUUAUGAAUUACUUAAAAUUUUAGUUCGGUUGUUAGAAGGUAGCAAAGAUCCAUUAAUUCUGUCAGUAGCAGCACAUGACAUUGGUGAAUAUGUACGAUAUUAUCCCAGAGGGAAAAAUGUUAUAGAGCAGCUGGGAGCUAAACAUCUUGUAAUGCAGUACCUUACACACGAGGAUCCUAAUGUUAGAUACGAGGCAUUGAUAGCUGUACAAAAAUUGAUGGUUCACAAUUGGGAGUACCUUGGAAAACAGAUAUCACAACAAAGGGGCAAGGAAGCCCCAGGGGUGAUACCAGCCAAGGCAUAGCAUCAAACCAUCCAUACGUUAAUUUUGCUAGUCAACAAUAACUGUUGUAUGUUUCCAAAAGUGACCAAUUAAUCUUGUGAUAACUUUUCUUGAAUGAAAAAAAAAUAUAUAAAUAUAUCAAAAAACUUACAAGUGAUAAAGAUAAGCAGUCAUUUCUGUGCCAGGCUGAAAUCCAAUUGGUUAAUUUGUAUUGAAUUCAUUCAAAUUGACCAAUAGAAAGUUGUGUUAGAAUAGACUGGUUACCGUUGCUUGAUAUCACCUUGACAACAAAAAUUAACAAGAAGAUGAAUUAUAUUGAAUAUUUAUGGCCAUUUACUCUAUAAAGAAAGAAAUAAGCAUUUUAACUCUAUAAUUGAAAAUUUUAUUAAAUUAUGAAACCAUUUUUGGAUGUUAUAUGGCAUUUGUUAUAAUCAGUGUUAACCAUUAAUUGUCACAAGACUUAUAUUAUGUAGGGCUGUCAUGUUAUAUCAUAUAUAACAUAUACAAGUAUAGAGCUGUUAAAAUUCUACGCAUUUGUCGCACAGUAAUUCGGCAUUAAAAGUUAAGUAUAUAAAUUAUAGGCUUAUUGAUGUGGUUAAGAAAUUGAUAUUUAGGGGAAAUUAUUUAUUUAUUAGAUAAACCUCAGUCAAAAAAAAACCUCAGUAAAGUCAGUUUAAAUGGACUUUUUUUGCUACCUUGCUACUGGUUAUUAAAAUUGUUGAUUUGAAAUGGAGCUUAUUUUCAAUAGAAAUUUCCCUUUAAAAAAGUCGGAAUGAUUUUAAUUAUGUACCUUUGAUAAAAUAAACACAAAUUAACUGGGCAGCCCUGAUAAUCAGAUUUUAGUGCUAGUGUUUGCUUUAUAAUUAUCAAUCUGUAGGAAAUAGUUAACAGUAAGAAAUCCUAGUGUUUGAAUAGUCUGGAAAUUUUUUAUCAUAGAGUUUUGAUAUAUUAUAUGACAAAUGUUAAUGUAAAUGUUUUAUAGAUAUAUUAUGUU